UUCCCCCCUCCGCUGCGCGCUUCCGGAGGCGGCUGGCGGGGCCGGCUCCGCCAUGGGGAAGAAACACAAGAAACACAAGGCAGAGAAGGCGGAAUGGCGCUCGGCUUCCGCCACCGCGUACAGCGAUUAUGUGGAUAAACCUUUGGAAAAACCUUUAAAGCUGGUGCUUAAAGUUGGAGGAAGUGAAGUGACUGAACUUUCUGGGUCAGGGCAUGAUUCUAGUUACUAUGAUGACAGAUCAGAUCAUGAGCGAGAACGACAUAAAGAAAAGAAGAAAAAAAAGAAAAAAAAGUCAGAGAAGGAUAAAGAAAAGCACCUAGAUGAUGAAGAAAGAAGAAAGAGAAAGGAAGAGAAAAAGAGGAAAAGAGAGAAAGAACAGUGUGACACUGAAGGAGAAACUGAUGACUUUGAUCCUGGGAAAAAAGUGGAGGUUGAGCCUCCUCCAGAUCGUCCUAUCAGAGCAUGCAGAACUCAGCCGGCUGAAAAUGAGAGCACGCCGAUCCAGCAAUUACUAGAACACUUCCUUCGCCAGCUUCAAAGGAAGGAUCCUCAUGGGUUUUUUGCUUUUCCAGUCACGGAUGCAAUUGCUCCUGGAUAUUCCAUGAUAAUAAAACACCCCAUGGAUUUUGGUACGAUGAAGGAAAAAAUUGCAGCAAACGAAUACAAAUCAGUCACUGAAUUCAAGGCAGAUUUUAAACUGAUGUGUGAUAAUGCAAUGACUUACAACAGACCAGACACUGUUUACUACAAGCUAGCCAAGAAGAUACUGCACACAGGCUUUAAGAUGAUGAGCAAAGAACGGCUGUUAGCUUUGAAGCGCAGCAUGUCGUUUAUGCAGGACAUGGAUUUUUCUCAGCAGGCAGCUCUUUUGGGUGAUGAAGACACAGCAGUUGAGGAACCUGUCCCUGAAGUUGUUCCUGUACAAGCAGAGACUACCAAGAAAUCCAAAAAGCAAAAUAAAGAAGUUAUUAGCAAAACUUUCUUGUGUAUCGGAUCUGAAUCUCUAUACAGAGAGAAAUUCUUAGCUAAGCAAAUGGAAGAAGAUACCCCAGGAGAGAGAAAUGGAUUUGGUGUGAGGAGAUGCUCUACCCAGUACCUAAGUUGCAUAUUUGAACCUGAGGGAAAUGCGUGCAGCCUGACAGAUAGCACUGCUGAAGAACAUGUCCUGGCACUAGUGGAACAUGCAGCAGAUGAAGCUCGGGACAGGAUCAAUCGAUAUCUACCCAACAGCAAGAUUGGUUAUCUGAAAAAAAAUGGAGAUGGAACUUUGUUAUUUAGUGUAGUAAAUUCUUCUGAUCCAGAAGCAGAAGAGGAAGAGACUCACCCAGUGGAUCUGAGUUCACUGUCAAGCAAAUUGUUACCUGGCUUCACUACACUGGGUUUUAAAGAUGAACGAAGAAAUAAAGUUACCUUUCUUACAAGUGCUAGUACAGCACCUUCCAUGCAAAACAACUCUAUAUUUCAUGAUUUGAAAUCAGAUGAAAUGGAACUCUUGUACUCGGCGUAUGGUGAUGAAACUGGGAUACAGUGUGCCUUAAGCUUACAAGAAUUUGUGAAGGACGCUGGAAAUUACAGCAAGAAAAUAGUAGAUGAUCUUCUGGACCAGAUCACUAGUGGAGAUCAUUCCAAAACUAUUUAUCAGCUAAAGCAGAGGCGAAACAUCCCGGUAAAACCACCGGAUGAAGUUAAAGUUUUGCCAGUUCUCAUAAAAGAAGAACACAAGUUGCGUAAUACCUGUCCGGAUUCUUCCAAACAGAUUAUGGUUGGAGAAUCUGCUGGAGACAGUAACACUUCUGAAUUGGACUUCCUCUCUAUGAAAACAUAUUCAGAUGUAUCCCUUGAUAUUUCUAUGUUAAGUUCGUUGGGGAAAGUGAAGAAGGAGCUCGACCAUGAUGAUAACCAUUUACAUCUGGAUGAAACAACUAAGCUGCUGCAGGACCUUCAUGAAGCUCAGGCCGACAGAGUGGGAUCCCGGCCAUCAUCCAAUUUGAGUUCCCUCUCCAAUACCUCUGAGAGAGACCAGCAUCAUCUUGGUAGCCCUUCUCAUCUCAGUGUUGGAGAACAGCAAGACAUGGUUCACGAUCCCUAUGAAUUUCUUCAGUCUCCAGAAACCUCAAAUGCCACUACUAACUAAUCUGACAUGUUCUAUGUAUAUUUUGUAUUUUAAUUGUAUCAUGAUUUUUAUAAAGUUUUUGUCCAUGGCAGAAACAUCAAUUUUGUCCUCUUUUCUAUGAGGAUUCCUGUAUAAUAUUAUCAUAUAUGCUGGAUUAAACAAGAGAAAAACACCUACUUAGUACAUCAUGUUGUUAGCAAUGUACCAAAACCUGCUUUUAAUGUUUUGGGGGGUUUUUUUUGUUUGGUUGUUUUUUUGUUUUGUUUUUUGUUUGUUUGUUUGUUUGGGGUUUUUUUAUUUUUUGUUGAGGGAGUUCAUUGUCUACUCGUGUGCGAAUCUUGACUGAAAACCAACAAAUAAUGUGUUAGGAAAAUUUGUAUUUUAUAGAAACUAAGAAGUGAAUUAAAUGUUCCUAGUAGAAUUAUUUACCAGUUCUGUUAGGUCUUAACUUUAACAUCUCCAAGGAUGAGUAUUUUAUUUCAGCAGUGACAGAACUGCACGAAUUGUGAUCAUUAUUACGUUUCCCACCUCCUAACCCUAAUCAUCUGUAGAAGCUGUUUCUGCUUCCCCAUAUUCUUAAAUCUUUUUUUAAUCGCUCUAGAGAAUAUUUAAUUUGAGAAUUACUAGCAUUAAAAUGCUCACUGUGAGAAUUCUACCAUGGACCUAAAAAAGAUGGAUGGUUUUGUGAUCCCUUGUGUCUUGAAACAAAGAAAAUAUAAUACUUAUUUUUUAAUUUGAUGUGUAUGUUUACUUGGAUGGAAAAAAUACUGGAUAAGUGUGCUUUUGAGCAAUUUUAAAAUAAAACUUUUAUAAUUCAGUGCUGAUGUAACUGGGGGAUUUUGUACCAUUCAUAUAUGCAAGCUGGACAAAUGUUAUGAAUUUAGAGUAUUUUGUAAAUAUUAAUAAAAAUACAAAACCA